CCUGCUGGACGUUCAGCUCGCCGUUCGACCGAAUCGCCUCAAUUGAAAAGGUCUUUCCAAAGCGCUCAUUGUGUCACAACUGGUCGGACGUGUGUGUGGUGUCGUCUUCUCAUCGGGGUCGAUUAUGCUAAAUAGGCAGUAAUCGAAGUGAAAGUGUGCUCGCUGUUGCACCGGAAUCCCUGCUGAGAAGAUGGGCUUAUUAUAGAAAUACACACAAGCCACACCACGUACGAAGAAAAGAAGAGGAAGAAGAAGUGUUGUUUACACGUGCCCAACGUUUCAUUGCCGAGAAGUGGUCACCAGAGGGAAAUAACUAAGGUGUCCUCCAAUCGUGCUCGCUGCCCUCGGUGCCUGGUGCUUUGUGUGCACUUGAUUUUCAUCCCUUCAUCGUACGGGUACACGGUGAAAUUAAACCGUAAAUUGUGUAAAAAAAGGAAAAAGAACGCCACACAGCAUCAUUGCAUCGGCAGCUUGAUCAAAUUGUUAGAUUGUCCCACACAACAAAAUCAAAGUGACCGCGGAAUACCAUCACCAUGCCGACGUCCAACAAGGAGAUGGAGGAGACGGAAGAUAACACUGAACUCGAUCCAAGGAUUCAGAUCGAACUCGAGAAUCUCAACACGGCAACGGAUGAUAUUAACAAGCUCGAGAUUGAACUGGAGGAAGCCAACUCCACGUUUCGGAUACUGAUGAACGAAUCGACCCGCCGGCUGAAGCUGUCGUCGAAAAAGCUCGGCAGCUGCAUCGAGAAAGCCCGCCCGUACUAUGAGGCGCUCGAGAAGGCGAAGGUGGCCCAGCUGGAAUGUCAGGCGGCGACGCUAAAGUAUCAGCGAGCGAACGAGAUCCAUGCGGCCGCCAAGGAGACGGUGGCGCUGGCCGAGCAGCGCUUCAUGAGCAACUCGCACGAGUGGCAGUUCGAUAAUGCCUGGCAGGAAAUGUUAAACCACGCUACGAUUAAGGUUAUGGAUGCAGAGAAACAAAAGGCUGAAAGUGGUGCUGAACAUCAGAAGAAGGCGAAGGUGUUUGAGGAGGCAGAAAAGAAAGUACAACAACUAGAGGAACGCUACCGGAGAAGUAUACAAAAGUCGCGCCCAUACUUCGACGAGAAGCAACUCUGCCAGGAACAGCUGGAAGCGCAAAAGGGCCGCAUACAGCAGCUCGAACAGCAGAUCCAGGCGGCCAAGAGCGCUUACAGUACGGCGCUACGCAACCUGGAAAAGAUCAGCGAAGAAAUCCACGAACAGCGGGGUGAUCUGAGCCAGGCCGCACCAUCCGGCCCCCGGGAACCGGGCGUUGGUGCCGAACUGGCCAACAUUCUGCCCACCACAACGAGCAACGCGUCGUGCAAGGAACGGUUCCCGUACAGCAGCACAAUGCCGGACAUAUCGAGCGAGCUGGACAAGUGUGAGAUCCGGUCGGUGGGCAGCGCGUCCGUAGCAACCAGUUCGGCCGUAAGCGAAAAGGAUCCGUCCGAGGAGGACGACUAUUCCGGCCUGACGCUGCACGAAGACGAACCGCCGGCGGUGCACGAUGACGAUCUGCACCUGGAGCUGUUGCGGCAGAAGGUUCGCACGUUGGCGGUGCGUCCGGUGGAGGGUGGCGAUGGUCAGCAGCAGGAGCAGGACGUGUGGGAACACGAGCUAAAUGCAACGGUCGACAAGCUGGACCAUCUGAUGAUGUUGCGCGAGUGUUCGCGUAGCAGUACGUUGAGUGGAUCGGGUGCCGCCGGUGGUUCUACGGUUGCUGAGAAUGGUGCUACGUUCUGUAGCCUUCCCAGUACGCCGAAACACCAGCAACAGCAGCACCACCAUCACCACCAUCAGAAGCAUUAUCAUCACCUGCACCCGCAGCAACCGUCGAUGGGCCGUGGUGUAUCGCUUUCGCCGGUGGAUUCCCCAGCCCACGAUCAGCACACGAUCAAAAUGUUCAAAAAGCUCGAUCCCCUACCGUUGGCCAACGUUUCAAUGUACGCGCUUCCAACGUACCUUAGUGCGGCGACCAAUGGUGCGAAUGGCGGGAACAGUUUGCUCACGCCAAUCUCUGCCACCUCGCCGGGUGACGUGAUGUGCGAUCACCAGACCGAACCCGGGCUGGCCACGAAGCAUAAGCGAAAGAUGUCCAUGUAAAGCUUGCCCGGGGUAGUAGCAGCAGCAGCAGCAGCAGUAAUAGUAUUAGCGGGUAGCGGGUUUAGUCUAUUGAAGACCUUUUCGGGGGAGGCCGUACCGUGGCCUUUCGCUUUUCUUCCCUCCAUGAUGGGGUUGCGUUCGUUUAAUGAGUUUUAUUUUUUAACUAUUUCGGUUUACCAUUUACAAGCGGCGUAUAGUGUAUUAAGAGGGAGAGAGAGCGGUAACAGAGAAUAUAAAACCCGAUGAACACGAUCUAACACGAUUUACCUAGAACAGCGAGCUUGAGCGACGACUCCUGCUUAUGUUAGAGUUAUUGAAUAGUAGCAGUAGGGCGUGGUAGAUGCUAAACUUUUAACGUUUUAAACAGAAUUCAACAGAACAGAAUAGAUUUAUAAUACUACGUAGAAAGAAGUGACUCGGAGCGGAGGAGGACUUAGGGCGCACUCAUCAUCUCGAGAGCAGCGAUCGCGAAUCUUCCUUCCCGUGAGAUAGAUAUGUUAUGAAAUUCGUGUUUUAUGAAGAGAGAAAAGGGAAUGACUGCAAACAAAAAACGAAACAGCAGCAAGAUUCUUACGUAUCAUACUUUCAGUUCAAAACGAGUGUUCCUGUCCUGGUUGUUUGGCGUGGCUGGUCAAAGCUAAUGAUGUAGGAACAUUUUGCAACCCUUAAAAACACACUCCAAACACGUGUUUUCAGUAGGUGAAAAACGGAUUUAUUUCUUUACGCUAGAAGAUUGUUCCCAAAAAAACAAUAAUUUGGACAAAUUCCAUGAUACGAUUUCACAUUUCGUGUGUCCCUGCAACGUAUUCCUUUGACCAGCGCGUUCUUGAAUCAUUAUUUUACUGUUAUAAUACAGUAAAAUUAUAUUAGAAAGCAAACACACACACACAACCAUUGCAUAGAAACACACACAUACACUGUGAUUAGAGACGGAACGGAAACGGACGGAAUAGCAACAGCAAUUAAUGGAGUUAAAACUAACACAAACCACACACGUUUAUUCGAAGCACGUUAGCAGCUAGAAAAAAAAAGAAGAAAAAGAAAACACCCUUUAACUAUGUAUGCAGCUUACUAUCUCGCCUCGUACUCUAGGUACACCACGGUGGCAAAUCGGUUUGUGAGAUCAUGCCUUGUAGGAUCACUGGAUCCACUGGUGAUUGGGGGGUUAUCGAAGUGUUUUGCCUUUUCAUUUAUACUACUCACAAAAGUUUGUUUGGCUUUUUGUUGUACACCGGAAGAUGCAUUUAAUAUGUACGUUGCAUUUCGGUUACAGUUGCAUGUGUUUAAUCGGUAUAGGAUAAUAAUUGUACCAUCUUGGAAGUACGUUAAACCACCGGACAAACUGAACUAAUAUGGUGCAUCAAGUACCCAUCGGUUUUUUUUCUCCCUCUCUCUCUCUCUGUUUUGGGCAAACAUCGGUAUCCAACCAAGCAGCCGUUCCGUUAGUAAGCAAUGCAAAUAACCUAGGCAACUAAUUAGCGACUGCACCCAUCACAGCCAAGUGUGUGCACCGGCGUAGUAGGCGAGCGUGAUCAUUUUAGGCUCAUAGUUAGGGAGAAGUGUGCGGUCGCGAGUGUUAAACUAACAAUCUUUACGAUUUAACUGAAGUAAUAAGUUUUCCCAACUGCGAAGAAGUAAGAUAACGGAGCGAAUAAUCUGUUAUGGAAGAAAAUGAAUAAAAAUUGAAAAGAACAGAAAAAAA